GGCCCUAGCUGCUGGAGAGAGACUGAGUGCAAGAGAGAGAGAGAGAAAGAGGUGCUAUUAAUUGCUUCCCGGAGUAGCCAAGGGUCAUCCAGGGAGAUCCUACACCCACCAUGGGAGACUACAUCAGGCACAUUGAGCUGCUUGGGUUUGAGAAGAGGUUCUUCCCGAGCCAACACUACGUCUACAUGUUCCUGGUGAAAUGGCAAGAUCUCACGGAAAAGGUGGUGUAUCGGAAAUUCACCGAGAUUUACGAGUUCCACAAAGCUUUGAAGGAAAUGUUCCCAAUUGAAUCCGGGGAAAUUAAUGUGGAGAACAGGAUCAUCCCACAUUUGCCAGCCCCAAAGUGGUUUGAUAGCCAGCGGUCUACCCAGAACAGGCAAAUCACGCUGUCCGAGUAUUCCUCCGCCUUGAUCAACUUGCCCCGCAAAAUCUCUCGGUGUGAACACGUCCUGAACUUCUUCAAAGUCAGACCUGAUGAUCUGAAUCCACCUACGGCUGGCCAAGUCAAGAAACCAGAAACCUAUUUAAUGCCCAAGGAUGCCAACAGGAUUGCAGAAGAUAUCACUGGCCCCAUCAUCCUACAGACGUAUCGUGCUGUUGCGGAUUACGAGAAGAACUCUAAGACCGAGAUGAGCAUGAAGGUGGGAGAUGUCGUGGAUGUUAUAGAGAAAAGCGAGAGUGGCUGGUGGUUCUGUCAACAAAAGAACAAGCGAGGUUGGGUCCCAGCUGUUUACCUAGAACCUACGGAUGGUCCCGAUGAAUCAGAAGAGCAGGAACCCAACUACGCUGGUGAACUCCACGUGGUCCGGAAAGGCUACACGGCUGCCCAGGAAGAUGAGAUCACGCUGAAGGAAGGGGAAACCAUUGAAGUGAUCCAUAAACUUCUCGAUGGAUGGUGGGUUGUCCGGAAGGAUGAAAUCACAGGCUACUACCCAUCCAUGUAUCUGCAGAAGAUGGGAGCGGAAAACACUCCGGAGAGCUAUCAGUUGAGGAACAAAGCUGCCCCACCUCGAAGGGGCACGAUCCAAAACAUCAAGAGCAUGCACAACCAAAACCGCAAGCAGAUCAGCCAAGAGACCUACAGACGAAACAGCGUGAAAUAUGUGCAGAGCAGGAAAAUGCUCAGAGGCAACUUCCUGAACAAAAAGAGCACUAUUGUGGAGAAGAAUGAGAUGGAGAGGAAACAGAACAACGCUCAGCCGGCCGUUCCUCCAAGACCCAGUAAGGACUUGAUUCUGAACCGCUGCUCAGAGUCUACCAAGAGCAAAAUCAAGUGAAGACAUCUCUGUCUGGAUUUCUGGCAGUCGCCCACAUGGUGCGCAUGCAUGCCUUGGAAAGAUGAGUCAACACGAGAUUGGCAACAUUUGACUGGGCGCCUUGGGCUGCUCCUGGAGAGGGCUUUAUUUUCCUUCUUCCGGGCAAUAAGAAACCUUAUGGACUAGUGACUUGUCUGGCUUUAAUGAUGUCCCAUGGGUCUAAAUGUCCAGCUGGAUCAAUCCAGUCCCAGGCUGUUUGUGGAUGUUAGAAAUCUGUGAGUUCUGUAAGGAGGGACAAAUUUUUCAAAUGUGAUUGGGCUGUAACAACCAUCAGGCCUAAUGAGCAUGUGGGUGGCAAGGGCUUAUGGGAGUUGUAGUUUAACAACCUCUGGAGGGCUACCUUUUCCCAACAUGGGCCCUGGGCAAAUAAAUAAAUAAAUAAAAUUUAAAAAUCCCUGAGCUAUGCUACCGUUGUGUUUCCAGAAAAGGAGACCCCAGAUGUACCCCCCCAAGCAGGAAGAGCUGAUUGUACUCUGAAGCCUGCACACUUUUGAAAAUGUCUCAAGACUGUUUUCUCCAUCUUGAGAUCCCCCGAUCUGCUGGGUCUUGACCUAUCUAGCCAUAGCUUCGUUUUCCUGUGCUUCUUCUACCCUCACCAUUCAGUAGUAAUACAGAUCUCAGCCUGAUGAAGUGUUCUGGAGAACCCGAAAGGUUGCAUAAAUAGUAUGGAAGUAUAAUUUGCCUCCUUGCGGGUUUUAUUUUGUGAGCGUCUUGAACGUGUCUUGAUCAUCAGGGUCACUGAUGCUGUUCAGAACAAAUCAGGCCUUGUAGACGUGACUGGUCUGAUCCUAUAAAGCUAAUGUCAGGAGUGCAUGUGUGUGCUUGUAUUUUUUUUUUUUAAUGAUAUGAAGUUAGGAUUGUGCUAAUACUCACUUUCAGUCCUAUAACCGGUGUAUAAGAUAGGUUGUUUUAUAAGCUGUUAUGUUUUCGACAAACGGUACCACGGUUUAUAUCCAAGUUUUUAAUAUAUCUCUGUCACGAGUACACCAACAAAUAAAAAAGAAUAAAGAAGUUGAUAGCG